UCGCGUAGUUUUGUCGCAACUCGAGCGACGGCCAGUCGACGCAGACCGCCAGCGCGUUUCGCACAUGUGAACCGGGCCUAAUUGUGCCGCGAAACAAAGUCUCUGUUCGGACGUUCUCCGAGCGCGAAGAAAGUUCGCUUGAUGGUACCAGUUCUGUUGACCGUUUCAAUUCAAGGAUUUACGGUUUAGCACUUCAUGAUUAUGCUCCAGAAAUUAUACCUUCUGACGCUAUGCGGGUUUUGCAACAUUUUAACAAUUCAAGCUUCUCCUAUAGGACUUACAUCUUCAAACGAAGAAACAAUAAUGGUAUCGGAUGAAGACCAAUUUAGAGACGAGUGGAACUAUGAAAUGGAACGAAGUAAAAUCCCAAUACUAUCCGCGAUGAUAAGAAACCAUACGUUACCACCUCUUCCGGAAAGUACUGGUAGAUUUUUGUUCAGCAGAGACCAAGAAAAAUCCUCCCACCUACCCCAGUUCGUUGAUAAGGCCCUGCGUUUGCUCAACCUGAAGCAGGUCGCCUUCGAAAUUGAAAACUCGGUCAUGACAAAAGUUUCGUGUACGGCAUGCAGAGCCGGUGCUGGACUGUUGCAACAUUACACCAAAACUGGCAAGUCUGAAAAAGAGAUUAAGAAGACCAUUUAUCAUUUUUGUGUAAACUUAAAAAUUCAGUCGCCUAGAGUGUGCGAGGGAAUUACCGAAUUGUUUGCCAGCGAGGUCAUCUACGUUUUAGGAAAAGUCAAUAUAGGACCCGAUGAGAUAUGCAGUUUUGUUAUUGGAGAUGCAUGCGGCGAUGUGUACAAUCCUUACCACGAAUGGGAAGUCGCAUUUCCUCCUGUACCCAAACCAACGGUGGUCGAACCAAAAGUACCAGAGGUAAACGCACCAACGUUUAAAGUACUCCAUUUAUCGGACACUCAUUAUGAUCCUUAUUAUAUGGAAGGUGCUAACGCAGAUUGUGCAGAACCAUUGUGUUGUAGACUAACAAACGGGCAUGCUUUAUCUAAAGAAUCUGCAGCUGGAAAGUGGGGUGAUUACAGAAAAUGUGAUACACCAAAAAUUACAGUAGAUAACAUGUUACAGCACAUCCAAGAUACACAUCCCGACAUUGAUUAUAUUCUAUGGACGGGUGAUUUACCGCCUCAUGAUAUCUGGAAUCAAACAAGAGAUGAAAAUUUGAAAAUACUGAAAGAAACUGUGAAACAAAUGUCCCAAAUGUUCCCUGGUGUUCCCAUUUUUCCGGCAUUGGGUAAUCACGAAGCAGCUCCAGUUAAUAGUUUUCCACCUCCAUUUGUUAAUACACCAGACAGCUCAAUAUCAUGGCUUUAUGACGAACUAGACACCCAGUGGAGAAAAUGGUUACCAAGUUCAGUCAGUAACACAGUCAGAAGAGGAGCAUUCUAUUCAGUUUUGGUUAGACCAGGAUUUAGGCUCAUUUCCUUAAAUAUGAAUUACUGUAAUAACAAGAACUGGUGGCUGCUUUUGAAUAGUACUGAUCCUGCCACUGAACUACAGUGGUUCAUUUACGAACUACAAUCUGCCGAAUUUAACGGUGAAAAAGUUCACGUAAUAGGCCAUAUUCCACCAGGUCAUUCAGAUUGUCUAAAAGUUUGGUCGAGGAAUUACUAUGCAAUUAUCAGUAGAUAUGAAUCUACUAUAAUAUCUCAAUUCUUUGGACACACCCAUUACGAUGAAUUUGAAGUGUUUUACGACCAUAAAGAUUUGAGUAGACCCAUAAAUGUAGCAUACAUCGGCCCGUCAGUCUCUCCUUAUUACCAUCUGAAUCCCGGUUACAGGAUUUAUUAUGUGGAUGGCGAUCACGACAAGACUACAAGAGGAAUAGUAGAUCAUGAAACGUGGAUAAUGAAUCUUAGAGAAGCUAACAUUUACGGUUACCCGCUUUGGUUCCAACUUUAUAGUGCUAGACAAUCAUUUGGAAUGGACGCAUUAAGACCUAGAGACUGGGAUGAUCUUGUUGAAAGGAUGACCAAUGACCCGCAACUGUUUGAGUUGUUUUAUAAAUAUUAUUAUAAAGCCAGUCCAGUGAAACCUACAUGUGAUAUGGAGUGCAAGAAGAAAAUCUUGUGUGACCUUCAUUCAGGAAGGUCCCACGAUCGUAAAAAUCUUUGUCAAUCAAUAGAAUCAAGGGUAGACUCGUCGUCUAAUACGACAUGGAGAGAUUGGUUUUACAAUACAAUCUCCGUUUCUAUGGUGUAGGAACCCAUGGAUUCUAAUUUUGUUAAGGGUUUCAGUAAUAAUGUCCAUUCCAAGACUAACUAUGCAGGUACCUAAAUAUGUUUUAGGAUUAGGAUAACAUUAGAUUUAUAUUAUCUUAGGUAUACAUUUAUUUAAAUAUAAUAAAUUUGACCGAUACUCUUGUAAAAAACACGAAACUGUGUGUUGGAUGUGAAGCAGGCAAUGAUUAGGCUAUAUUAUUUUUGAUUUUCUUAAUUAAUGUAAGAUAUCUUUUAAGUUUUCCUUGUUGUGUCCUUGACAAUUUUACUUUUCAUGUUGUUAUAGAAGCUUUUAUUUUCUCUUUAUAGUAUUGUUCAGUCAGUCUAUAAUACAUAAUAAUAUAAAACAUAUGCCUUUACUUCUUAGCAAUAUGCUUUGACUAUUAAAAAAAUUAAAGAUAUAAGAAACAAAUAAUAACAAAUUUCAAUUUUUACUCAUUUUAAAUGUUCCUUUGUGAUUGGUUGAUGAUGGAAAAUUUAAAAGAUAUCUAGAACUUGAAGAUUAUAUUGUAAAUUUGAAUUUACUUAUAAUAUUAAAACAUAAUGAGUUGUACUGUGAACGAAAUGCCUUAUUAAUAUAAGUACUCUGUUAUUAUUUAUAUAGAAUACAGCUUAAAUAUUUUUUAUAAGGAUUAUUAAAUAAUUUUUAAUAGGCUGUGCCUUAGGAGACAGUAAUACAAAGUUACAUGUUGGAUAUGCGAAUUAGAAUUAUAUAUUUUAGUUUUAUAUUUUGUACAUACAUUUAUUUAAAAUGCUAAUAAAGUUUGAAUAAAACGUGGUUUUA